UGCUACUGCAGUCUAAGCCGUCUAGAAGAGAACACGCUCCGACACUCGCUCCGAGGUAUUAAGAAGAAUCAGCUUUAAUUGUAGUACUAUGAGGUUGAGGUUCGGCGCGUAUCAGGCGCACGUUGAGCCGGUCCGGACGCCAGUCGACGAUCGGAUCUAGGCCAGGAAGAAGCUCGAGAACGAGCUCGAGUGCGAGCGUGGAACCCGAUGAGUUCCAGGUCAACCGUGGUAUUAGCGUGCAAGUGACUUAAUUAGAGACUUAAUUUGAAUUUAGUGAAGAGAAAUUGGAGGAAAUUAAACCGCUUCAAAAAUGGGAAAGGAACCGAAAGUGUACGCCAGGACAGUAUUAUGGUACUUAGUGUUUGUGGGAUUCGCGGUGAACUACAUGAUCCGGAUCAACAUGAACAUCACGAUCGUGACGAUGGUCAAACAGGCUGGCAGGAAAAGCAGUUCAGCAAGUUCUGAGGAGAUUGCCAAUGGAACUAGCGUAGAUCGAGUUCAGCGUAAAGUGUACGCGUGCUAUGUUGAACGGAACAGGUCGGACUUUAUAGCUGAGGAUCUGGCUAAAAGCUCUGCCAUGGCGUUGCUGCAAAGUGAGCCGAAAGUUCAGUCACCUGAAAAGUGGCUGCUGAAGUUGUUGAAGCUCGACACCAAGGAGGACGGCUUCGAGUGGAACGAGUACGAGCAGGGCCUGGUGCUGGGGGCGUUCUUCUGGCUGCACUGGGUCACGCAGAUCCCGGGUGGCGUGCUGGCCCGCAAGUACGGCACCAAGAUGGUAUUCGGGGUGGCCAACGCCAUCGGCUGUUGGAUGUGCUUCCUGAUGCCACUUGCUUCGUACUGGGAUAUUCGGAUACUGAUCUUUUUGCGGGUCGUUCAGGGUGUGAUUUGCGGAGUAGCAUGGCCUGCUAUGCAUCACAUGGCCGGUCAGUGGAUCCCACCGAACGAGCGAAGCAAGUUCAUCACAGCCUACUUGGGUAGUUCGGUUGGCGUGGCUUUGAACUUCCCCCUGUUCGGGUACAUAAUCUCGUGGACCUCGUGGGAGUACGUGUUCCACUUCUGCGGGAUCUUUGGAACAAUUUGGUAUUUGGCGUGGGUUGUUCUGGUGUACGAUUCUCCGGCGGAACAUCCCCGGAUUCAUCCGAAGGAACGCGAGUACAUCGAGAGUUCGCUGGGCAUAACGGAAAAGUCCAAGGAGCAAGAUCGUCACGAAGCAACUCCGUGGAAGGAGAUGAUGCUUUCGAAGGCCAUGUGGAUGACGGUGAUAGCGCAAUGGGCCGGUAUUUGGGGACUUUUCACGGUGAUGACGCAAGCUCCGAGCUACUUCAACUACAUUCACGGAUGGGAUAUCAAGAUGACAGGACUACUUUCGGGUAUCCCCCAUCUCUGUCGUAUGAUAUUUGCGUACUUCUUCUCCAUGAUGGGAGACUACCUGCUACGGAAUAAUCUGAUGUCCAGGACAAACGUAAGGAAGAUGGGAGGUGCCUCGUGCUGUGUCCUGAAUGGAAUCUUCGUCCUUGGACUAGCCUACAGUGGAUGCCACUCAACGGCCGCCAUUUUGUUCCUUACGUUGGCCACGAUGGCGCACGGUGCCGUUUCCACGGGACCGCUGGCCAACAUCGUGGACAUGAGUCCAAAGUACGCCGGGAUUCUGCUCGGAAUCAGCGGGAUGAUCGGAGUUAUUCCGGGAUUCGUGUCACCGAUCAUCGUGGGAAUUCUCACGCUGGGAAAUCAAACGGUCAAACAGUGGGAGUACGUGUUCCUCAUAACGGCCGGGAUGCUCAUCGUCGGAGGAAUCCUGUACAUGCUGUUUGCGGACUCGACGCAACAGCCCUGGAAUUCGGCCACCGAAGAAGCGCUGGACGCCCGGGAACUGGUCGGCUUGAAGCUCAACGUCGAGGACGCGAUGCGAGAAAAGGAACGGGAAGCGGGUGGCGGCGAAGCAGGGGGAGAACCGGUUACGGCGGAGAUUAUUGAUGAACGCGAAGAUGAUCCGGCAAAAGCAGUAUUAGUUAGAUGAAAGUGUGUAAUAAAA